CGAAGGCCUCAGGUCUCAGGAGGUCCCGGGGAGAGCUUGAGCAGAGGGGGCCGACGGCAGACCCCGUUGCCUGCCCCACCGCCGCUGGCCUCCCCGCAGGAGGAGGUGGAUUCUCAUCGGCUUGGCUGCCUUCGCCCUCACUUUGCCCCCCAGUCAUGGUGGGUCACCUUCAGCUGCAAGGCAUGGAAGACAGUCUGAAAGAGAAGAACCGGGAAGGCUUGCUGGACAGCCCGGAUUCUGGGCUGCCCCCCAGCCCCAGCCCCCCUUUUUACUCCUUGUCUCCGGGCAUCAUUGAAAACAGAGCCGGGAGCAGCAGCGCCGCCACAGAGAUCCUGGGACACGGGCACAGGAAGGAGGCCAAAGAGGGGAAAGUGGGAGUUAUUGGUGGAAAGCAUUGCUUUUUCCCGUCUCCCUCUGGAGGCAGAGACAAGGUGCCCCCGUCUUUCAGUUUUAGACUAGCAACUGCCGUAGGGAAAAACGGGUGCAACUCUGAGGUAAAAUAUGGCUCCGAGCGACAUUACAAGGACGACAUAUUCUACUGCCCGAUCCCCACGGUCACCACCUACAGCGAGACCGUCAUCGCUGCCCCCAAUUGUACGUGGCGGAACUACAAGUCUCAGCUGAUCUUCGAGCCACGCCAGAAGCCCCUCCGGUUCCAGAGCACAACGAUCAUCUUCCCCAAACACGCAAAGAACAUUUACCGGACCACUCUCAACUAUAGCCUGGGAUGUGCCAAGCGCUGGUUUGCCUCGAGCGUGCAGCUAGAGCUCUGCGAGGAGAGCAGCCCCUGCCUCAUCUACACGGGGAACCUUUAAAACAGUAUUCCGCCUGCCAGGGGGAGCUCGUAACCAAAACGUAAGGCUUAGGCCUGCAGUGGAGGCAAAGCCCUUUCAAGACUGCCAGUCUUUGGCUGAGGCCCUCUGUUCGCCACCAGCCAGGGCCAUUAAUUUUUACACAUGGCCUUGGCGGUACACAGUUCGAUCACCCACCCACCCCCCGCUCUGAGAAGAAGCCAAAGGAGAGAUUUGUCUUCGUAUUCAAAGCGGCUAAGGGCUGGGGUUUUUGAUUCUUCUCACUGUGAAUCCGCUCUGUUCAGUUCAC